AUGGCUGAUAGCGCGCAGAAGGCGUUCGAUGAAAAACGAUAUGUCGACUCGGUCAAAUUGUUCAACGUGUUCAUGAAGGAUCAUCCCAAACGGACCACCCCCGACCACUUCCUACUCCGAUCUACUGCUCUCCUUCGACUGGGCAAAAAAGAGGCUGCUCUGAGAGACGCAGACCGAGCAACUCGUCUAGCAUACGCUCAGAAGAGCAAUGAGGCGCUUGGAAAGGCGCAGAUGAGACGAGCAGUCACCUAUGUGUCUCUCGGAGACAAUGCUGCUGCCAAAAAAUGUGUGGACUUUGCAGAGACUGCCAACCCCGAAGAGCGCACUAUCCCUGUAUGGAAGGCCAAGAUUGGCAUGAGCAGCGGUUCCAACGAGGCGUCCGACGUGCCCCAGAUUCCCGACAUUGACAUCUCCUACGUUUGGAAGGGACCCACAGACGUACCCGUGAAACAUGAGGUCAAGCCUGAGGUCAAGAAGACCGAGGCCACUGCUACGACCAACGACACCAACAAUGAGACUCAGACACCAAAGCCUUCUGUCAAGCCUGCUGCCACUCAAGAGACUCCCUUCAAGGUCCCUACUUCUGAGUUCAAGUUUGAGCCCAAACCAGAUGUCAAGUCUGAUCCUAUGCCUGCUCCUAUGGAUGAUUCUAAAUCCACCGCGUCUUCUCGGUCCGAUGAAGCCAACACCUCUUCAAUUUCAUUUAAUGGCCCCAAGGAAGACCUCCGCACAGACUUCUUCCAAUCCAACGAAAAAAUCACAGUGUCGAUUUACAGAAAAAACACACCAAAGGAUGCAAAGUGCGACAUCCAGCCUACAUCCAUUUCGAUCAUCUGCUCAAUGUACAGUUGGAGCACCCAGUUGUAUGCCCCCAUUGUGCCCUCUGAGUCCUCCGUGCAGAUUUACGGAACCAAAGUUGAUUUCACUUUGAUGAAGAAGACACCCGCAAAAUGGCCCACCGUCAGUGGAAACGCAUCUCUCAAUGAUGAUUCGGAAACCCCUAUAAAGUCUCCUAGCAGCACCACAAAAUCUGGACCUUCUCAGAUCACUAACAUCGACUUCUUCCAAACCCCUACACAUAUCAACGCCUAUCUCUACAUGCCCAAUCUUGUCGAGUACGAGCCUGCAGUGAUUGGCACACCCUCAAGCUUUACGGUCACAUUUACUAACAACAACGAUCCCAAAAAUUCGUUUGUAAAGACUGUCUUUCUGCAUGGGCUCAUCGAGCCUGAGCUGCUGCAGUUCAAGGUGUACCCCACGAAGCUAGAGGUCCAGAUGCGAAAGAAGACGUCUGGAAAUUGGCCUUCUUUGGAAAAGGGGGUUUCCAACACCUCUUCUUCGGCCAUUGCUCCUCCCACAACAAAAGAUUGGUCCAAGAUUCAGAUUGAAGACGACUCAGAUGACGAUCUGAACUCUGAAAACCCAGACGACUUUUUCAAGGCUCUUUAUGCUGAUGCAGACGACGACACGCGACGUGCUAUGAUGAAAAGUUUCGUUGAGUCUGGAGGCACGUCGCUGAGUACGGAUUGGGACAAGGUGGAGAAGGGAGAGCAUAGCUAG